AGCUGCGGACCCGGAGACGGCGACGGAAGUUCGCAGGGCGAUGCUGCACGUCCUGGUUGCCGUGGCGUCGGGCCACGAGGCGCAAGACGACGACGCGCCCCGCGUGGCGCCGCCGGCCGCGGGGCCGCUGCCGGUGCCGCCCGCCGCGGCGGAGGCCCGCGGGCGCGUGCGCGCGCGGCUGCCCCUGGCCGGUCUGCGGCCGCUCUGCAGGGCCGACGGCGGCUCGGCCAGGCAUUUGGCCAUGCUGGUCGGCACGACGCACGAGCCGGAGGACGUCGAGGCCGUCGAGGCGAUCCACGACGCCCUGGCGUUCCCCGAGGAGGGGGAGGUGAACGUGCCCCGCGCGGGCGUGGCCGCCCUCUCAGGCAUGCUGGACAUCCGGCGCCGGAAGGGCAAGAGCGCGCAGUGCUUGAUGCCCUCCGCGCCCUUGCUGAAGUGCGUGGAGACGGCGCUGGGCACGACCACCUGCGACGAGCAGCUGCGACCCCUGCUGGCCCUGUUCUGGGCCCUCCUGGCAGACAAGGAGGACCGGCCCAAGAGCAUGGAGUUCGACCUCACAGACGUCAGCCUGAGGGUGCUGGAGCCCUUCCUGGGGUCGGAGGACUGGGCGCUGAAGGCCAACGGGCUGAGCGGGCUCAGCGCGCUGCUGGCGGCCAGUUCCCAGUCCGCGACGGAGCUCCUGACCAAGUCGUCCGCGCCCCUCGUCGCCAUCCUCACCGCCAUCAAGCGCCCCCCCCCGGGCGCGGAGGGCGCGGCCGCGAGGGACCACGCCGUCGAGUGCAUGCUGCUCUGCGCGGGGGACCGCAAGACGCGGCAGCACUUCGUGGACGGCGAGGGCAUCGAGAUACUGCUGAGCAUCCUCGCCGACGGGGAGGAGGGGAGCGGGGGCAUCGUGCGUGCGAAGAUGAUUGCCGUGCUUGCGAUUGUUGCCGGCCACAACAAGGAGGUGCGCGAGGAAGUGUUCGACCGUAUGGACUUUCUGCUGGAGCUCAGGCACGCGCUGGACGUGGCGCGAGAGAGCGCGGCUACGGCGAGGUCCAGCGGCGCGGCGGCGGGAACAGACGAGGUCCGCAGGCUGUGCCGGGCGUUGUACGAGAGUUGUGCGUGCCUCUCCAUCCACGGGGAGUUCAAGGAGCUGCUCAUGGGGUCCAAGAAGACGCUGAGGGCCAUGCUGGACCUCGCCGGCGCGGAGGACCUGGCCGAGGACAAGCACCUGGCCUUCCUCUACGCGUCCCUGGCGUACAACCUGUGCCGCUCCCGCGAGGACAAGGUGAGGCCCAAGCGCGACCAGUUCCCGCUCAGCGAGCUGGGCGAGGACGACCUCGGCGCCCUCGAGGAGUUCUACGAGAAGAUGCCGGCCGAGGCCCGGCCAGUGAAGAACGGCGAGGUCGACGCGGGGAGCGUAGAGCUCGCGGGCAGGUUCCGGACGUGGUGCGUCCAGGGCGACGGCGGUUCGGCGUCUCCGGCCUCUGGCGUGGUGAAGUACCUGGCGAAGUGCGCCAGCGCUGGCAGUUCGAGCCGCGUGCGGGGCCUGGUGGCCUCCGUGCUCAAGCUCCUCUGCGCGGAGCAGGCGCACCGGAGGCUGGUGGUGUCGGCCGGAGGGGUCCGCGCGCUCCUGGGGCUCGUCGACCUGGAGGACGAGACGGCGCGGGACAAUGCGCGGCAAGCACUGGCCCAGCUCCUGAUCGUC